AGAAGCUUUAUUGCUUUUUCAUUAAAAAAAAAGUCUCAUAACUUUAUUCCCCUAUCACCACCACCGUUUUGCCCUCAACUUCCAUUCUUCUUCUCCAUAGAAUUCUUACCGCACAGAGUUUUAAUGGAGAAGAAGAGUAUUUUGGUUACGGGUGGUGCUGGGUAUAUCGGGAGUCAUACAGUUUUGCAGCUUCUCCUUGGCGGAUAUAAAGUUGUGGUGAUUGAUAAUGUUGAUAACUCUUCUGAGGUUUCUUUGGAUAGGGUUAAAGAACUUGCUGGUCAUGAAUUUGCUGCCAAUCUCUCUUUUCACAAGAUUGAUCUCCGUGACAAACCAGCACUGGAGAAAUUAUUUUCAUCCACAAGUUUUGAAGCUGUCAUUCACUUUGCUGGCUUGAAAGCAGUUGGUGAAAGUGUGCAGAAACCAUUGCUUUACUAUAACAACAAUAUUAUUGGAACCCAAUAUCUCUUAGAAGUCAUGGAAGCUCAUGGCUGUAAAAAGCUUGUAUUUUCGUCAUCAGCGACAGUUUAUGGGUGGCCAAAGGAAGUUCCAUGUACAGAAGAGUUUCCCCUAUCUGCAACAAAUCCAUACGGGCGAACAAAGCUUUUCAUUGAAGAGAUUUGCCGUGAUCUCUAUAAUUCAGACAAUGAAUGGAGAAUCAUAUUGCUCAGAUAUUUCAACCCGGUUGGAGCUCAUCCUAGUGGUCGCAUAGGUGAAGAUCCUCGUGGUAUCCCUAACAAUCUCAUGCCCUUUGUACAACAAGUUGCCGUAGGAAGGAGACCUGCACUUACUGUAUAUGGAACUGACUACUCAACAAAGGAUGGCACAGGGGUUCGCGAUUACAUUCAUGUGGUUGACUUAGCGGACGGGCAUAUCGCAGCAGUAAAUAAGCUGUCUGACGCUAAUAUGGGUUGUGAUGUGUACAACUUGGGAACUGGCAAGGGGACAUCAGUUUUAGAAAUGGUUUCUGCAUUUGAGAAAGCUUCAGGAAAGAAAAUCCCAUUGGUUAUGGCUGAGCGUCGUCCAGGUGAUUCUGAGGUUGUUUAUGGAUCAACUGUCAAGGCAGAGCGCGAACUGAAAUGGAGCGCCAAAUUUGGAGUGGAUGAGAUGUGCAGGGAUCAAUGGAACUGGGCUAGCAAGAAUCCUUACGGCUACGGUUCUCCUGAUUCGGCUUGAGUUCAUAAUCAAAAUUUUAUAUCCAAAUACUAUAUAUAACUCCUCUUUUGUUAUAGCAACAUAUAAAUGAUCCAUUUCUUAUAUGACACGUGUGAUUUUUUACUGAACAAACGAUAAUAGUUUCAUAAAAUCAUUCAUGGGAUGAAAUGAUACAUAUACAAGAAUGCAUUACCAUUUUAACAUCAUGCAAGCGGAUUUGCGCGCACCGAAAUGAGUUGUAUUGAUUUCACCCAAGGAGCUUACAGCUUGUUGGUUUGCACCUGACUCAGCUAACUCUGACUCAGACUCUGAUAAAUACGUAUGUUUCUUUGUGUC